AUGCUACAAGAUGCCGACAAUGUCGAUGAUGCCCUGAUCAGCAGCCUCAGUGCCCGUCUCCGGCACCAGGUGGAGGAGGUCGAGCGAGCGUAUCGUACCGGCCAUCGAAAUGUGCGAACAGUCCUGCGACGACAAUAUGUCAACACCAUCCAUCCUAGUCCAGACCAUCCCCUCUGCGAGCUCUUGGGGGAGGAGCACCUCUUGAAGGUAUUAGGACUGUUGUCAGCAACUGUUGCUCUCUUCACCUUGGCCCGAGUAUAUGACGAAUGUCACGCAACAUUAUGUCGAGCGCUUGCAGCAGGUCGUAGAGGCGAACUUGACUACGACGGCUUCCGGCGCAGCCCAUGUGUCGACCUCCGUGAGCUAGCUGAUCAGAUACGGCAGCUCGAGGAAGCUGUUCAUGACCAGAUCAUCUUGGAAGCCACUUCAAAGGAUACGUCGCUGUUGACAGCUAGAUGGCACCGACUUCCACCCAUGACAUUUGACAACCUUCCGCGGCUGCAUUCCCUUGCCGAUAUUCUCCCCGGAGAACAGUCGAGGAGCCAUGAAUAUGCUGGAAUCGGUGGUGGUGGAGGGUCCGACAUUAUCAGCGCCAGUUUGAUAGGUCACCUACUGCGAGGGCAACACAAGGAAAUGAACCUGCUCAUUUCUACGAGGACGUGGACCACAGGUUCGCAGGGAAAGAAGGGCUCAAAGCUGGGGAUCAAGCGUGAGGUCUACAACCAUGGUGGCACGGUUCAGGACCAGGGGCGUACUGUGGCGGGUACCUUCCGAGUCAGGGAAUACACUACUGCAGAAGGUCGCGACCUCGAAGCUAUCCCUCUGCCAUUCCAUCGCCAGAUAUUCAUGGUUUUGGACCAAGGAGAAUCAAAGGCGCAGAUAUCUCAGCAUGAUCAAGCGGAUCUCACAGAACAAUUCGGCGCUGUACUUCGUCAGGCCGAACGUCGUGUCGAAACAGUGAUUAUUGUGGACACCGGUGGGGAUGUAUUUGGAGCCGACACAAAUGGAAUAACAACUCCGGACCAGGACUAUCGAGUUCAAAAGGCCAUGGGUCCUUUGAUUUCUGAGUACAACCUCGUGACCGCCGUUGUCGCUCCAGGAGUCGAUGCGCCCGCUGACGCCCCACGCAAGGCCUUCGAAGCCGGAGGGGUGGUAUACAAGCCAAAAGAAGACGAAAAGAAAAUGCUCCUUGACCUCCUCGUCAGCAAGUACAGAAUGGACGGUUCCGACCCGAAUAGAUUUGGCAAGACGACACUAGCAUUACAGGCGCGAUUGCGGGGAGUCGUUGGUUGGACUUCCCUUGACCUUCCGACAUACGUUGUUGACACGUGGGAGAAUCCAUGGAACAGUUUCGUGUAUAUCAGGGAAUGUAUGAGCGACAUCAUCUUCAUGCCUACAACAGACUUGCUCCCAUUAAUCGAGCCGGCAAAGAGGAGAGCUUGA